AUGACCAUUGAUUCGCAAGUCGCUGGGCCGUUGGAAGGUAUACAUACGAAAAAGACUGCGACGCGCGUACCUUCUAUAAUAACUUCUUCCAAAUACUCUGGAGCCCAUGGUGGGAGGUUCCCAAGGUGCGCGCGAGGAUCCCUCGACAAGAAAGUUUGGAUGGACGGUGAUUUGUUUGCAUCGCGCUCGUCUCCUAUUGUGUCUUGGCACGCUCCGAUUGACCAGAGAGUUAGCGUCCGACGAGCUUGGCGGACCGCCAAGACUCAGCCGCCGCCCCAAUCGCUCGACUUUCCGAUAGAAUGGCGGAAAGCAGAAGGGAUCAUCAUUCUCAGCGACGCCUGGCCACCAUUAAGCUUAACACUUUGA